AUCGCGUGCUCAAUUCAGCAAAGUGAUUGCUGGAGCUGGAGUGGUCCUCAUACAAUGAAUUUACAAUUUUUCUAUUCGCAAUCAAACUGAUUAAAAUUGAUGUUUCUCUUUUCAAUUUUGCGCUGAGCUGCUGCAUUGAUAGGACUCGGAGAAUGGUGAAGCCCAAAAUUGCUCCAUCUAUGCUUUCAUCGGACUUUGCUAAUUUGGCGGCCGAGGCGGACCGGAUGCUCCGCUACGGCGCAGAUUGGCUGCACAUGGACAUAAUGGACGGUCACUUUGUGCCAAACCUUACUAUUGGUGCUCCAGUUAUUGAGAGUCUGAGAAAGCACACAGAUGCUUAUUUGGAUUGCCACCUAAUGGUCACAAAUCCAAUAGAUUAUGUUGAACCAUUAGGCAAAGCUGGGGCAUCUGGCUUUACUUUUCACGUGGAAGCUGCCAAAGAAAAUUGGCAAGAACUUAUACACCGGAUCAAGUCAAAGGGCAUGCGGCCUGGUGUUGCCUUAAAGCCUGAAACCCCAAUUGAAGAAGUGUAUUCGUUGCUUGAAGCUAAAGAUCCCGUGGAGAUGGUUCUUGUUAUGACUGUGCAACCUGGAUUUGGCGGGCAAAAGUUUAUGCCAGAAAUGAUGGAUAAGGUACGUUCUCUACGAAAGAAGUAUCCAUCACUUGAUAUAGAAGUAGACGGUGGUUUAGGACCUUCAACCGUUGAUCUGGCCUCAUCAGCUGGAGCAAACUGCAUUGUGGCUGGAAGUUCUGUGUUCGGAGCUUCAUAUCCGGCUCAAGUUAUAUCACAGCUGCGCAAGAGCGUCCAGGAUACCCAGGCAGGCUGUAAAAAGUAAUUGAUUUUCGUCAUCAUGCAAUGUUGUAUACGCUAUGAGUUGCAUGGUAAUUUAAUAACAUCCAGCAUUUUUUAUAAUACUUGUAUCUAUGUUGCUGGCAUAAGUUAUAAGCUUGUGAUCCAUGAAGAUAAAGAUUUGGAACAUAGUUUAGAAAGAAA